AUGACGAUACCUGUCUACCACAACACAAAUAUUUCGAGAUUUAGAUCAAUUUUGCUAGAGAAAAACCAUGGAGGAGAGAAUUACGGCCUGGAGAGGGCCGUCCUUGGAUGGGGCAAGCUGGCGACGGUGAGAGAAGCUGUGAUCGCCUGCUCCAAUCUGGAUGCUGGCGUGACGGUGUGGGAUUUGGCGUCGGGCGUGCCGCUGUCGCACCUCCGAUCGUGCGCGGCGCCGCGCAAUGCCUUGGCGUGUGUUGGACACCAUUUCCUGGCGGCAUCGCAGAUCCACAAGACUGCUAACAAUGCCGGCGGCACGAUCUUCUUCUGGACCUGGCACAAGAACCAAGUGGCUUUCAAGAGCUAUCCCGUGGAGCCGAUCGAGCCUCUAGCUUGCACUGCCGAUGGAGUUUACUUGGCGGGAGGAGGAUCGUCGGGAAGAAUUUAUCUCUGGGAGGUCUCGAGUGGAAGAUUGCUGCGAGUGUGGGCCGGGCACUACAAAGCCGUCAAGUGCCUCGUCUUCUCCGACGAUGAUUCGCUACUCAUCUCUGGUGCCGAGGAUGGACUCGUCAAUGUCUAUCCUCUCGUGAGGGCCCUGGACAGCAUCGAAGAAGCCGGGGAGACCCAGGUACCUUACAUGCACAAAUGGUCGGAUCACACACUUCCAGUCACUGGAUUGCUGGCCGGCUCUGGUGGUUCUAGCGCGAUCAUCGUCUCGUGCUCACUAGACCACACCUGCAAGAUAUGGAGCUUGGCUCUCGGAGCUCUACUCCGGUCGAUACUCUUCCCCACUCCCAUCAAUGCUGUUGCACUUGAUCCAGGGGAGUACGCGCUCUACGCCGGUGGAGUCGAUGGCAGGAUUUUUAUCACGGCUCUAAACUUCGGUGUUCCAUCGGGGUCUGGCUUGCAUUCCGCGGAUGGGCUACUCGGUGCUGACGGGAUCGGCCACAGCCGUGCUAUUACUGCUCUAGCAUUUAGCAUGGAUGGGGUGUCGCUCGUCUCUGGCUCCGAGGACUGCACUGUCCGGUUGUGGGACACCGUGAGCCGCCAGGUUCUUCGGACGUUUUCUCACAGCAAAGGUCCUGUGAGCAGCCUUUUGGUGAUACCACGGCCCUCGUCCCUGCUCAGCUCUACAGAUCAGCAAGGCCGUCAAAUCAACCGUCGCUUACCAACGCUUCCAGUGGUUCCGUUGAGCAAGUACGUAACAGUCGAGUCAGUGGCACAAGACUUCAAGCCUUGGGAAGGCCCCCCGGUUGUCCUUCCGUUAACUUGUCCUGCUGAUGACGAGGAUGCCGAGGGCUACUCUCACAGUAUGGUCGCCAUGGGAAGACAAAUAAGAGAACUAGAGCAACAAGGCUCCACGGCAGCGAUGCAAAUGGAGCUGGAGAGAUUGCGAUCGGAGCUCCGGCGGGCUCUUAACAAUGGCCAGCAGUGGCAGCAAUUGCACCAAGAACUUUACUGUUUCUGCGUGGACGAAUUGAUGGGUGGGAACCGGGACAGGGAAGACGACGGAGAGAACAAGGAAAGAACCAAGGGAAGAGCCAGCAAGCUGGGGGACAAGAUGCGUGACAAGUAAGCACAGAUUUUGAGGAGGUUUAGGAGGUAGUGGAUCGACUCAAACUACUGGUGAGAGACACUGCUUGAUUAGAAGUUGUCAAUUGUUGCACAGCCUAUUAUAACCAGACUUUGUGUUAGAGGACGAA